AUGGUGAGGCAUCAUUGCGUGGGUGUUGCUGUCUCCGAAAAUACGGAUCCUACAGGACCAUAUGUGCCAAAUGAGACACCACUAUCAUGCAGGCUGAACCAGGGAGGCUCAAUUGACCCAGCGGGAUUCGUUGACAAAGACGGUACACGCUAUGUGAUUUUCAAGAUAGACGGGAAUAGCAUUGGCCAUGGUGGUGACUGUAACAACGGUAUCACUCCUGUGGUACCCACCCCAAUUCUUCUACAGAGAGUAGAAGAUGAUGGCUUUACGCUAAUUGGGGACGCUGUCCCAAUCCUUGGCCGUGAUGAUAGUGACGGACCUCUGGUUGAAGCCCCUAACCUUAUCCUGCAUGGUGACACAUACUUCCUUUUCUACUCAACCCAUUGCUUCACGGACAUUGAGUAUGAUGUGCGUUGGGCAACCUCGAAAUCAAUCACAGGCCCAUACAUCAAGUCUGGCCGGAAGUUAUUCAAGUCUGGCGACUAUGCACUAAGCUCACCUGGCGGAGGCACUGUCUAUGCACGUGGUGAUAAGAUGCUCUUCCAUGGAUUCUGUGAGCCCAAUAAGCGAUGUACAUAUGCUGUGAACAUUGCCAUUGAUGGUAAUCAGGUUACACUUCUUUGA